GUGCCAUACGCUAGGCUAGCUACAAGCUUCAAGCGUUGAGCCAAAAAUUUCUAGCUAUACAAGCAAGCUGCUCUACGUACGUACAUACAAGCAAAGCAAGCUAUCUAGCAUUUCUAUCUUGCUUGUAACAGGAAAGAAGAGAUAGAUGGGUGAGGAGGCAGCUGCGCCGUUGCUGGGCGACGUCCACCUCAGCAUCAACCUCCAUGGAGAUGGAGAUGCCGACGAUGGCAACAGGAAAGAGGAGGAGGAGCUGCCGGCGACGGCAAAGAGGUGGACGCUGGGCUGGGACUGGGCGGAGGCGGCGGGGCAGCUGGCGUUCGCCGCGCCCAUGGUGGCCACCAGCAUGGCCUACUACGCCAUCCCGCUCGUCUCCGUCAUGUUCGCCGGCCGCCUCGGCGACCUCCAGCUCGCCGCCGCCACGCUCGGCAACUCGUGGGGCACCGUCACCGGCAUCGCGCUCAUGACUGGACUGAGCGGGUCACUGGAGACGCUGUGCGGCCAGGGCUACGGCGCCAAGUCGUACCGCAUGAUGGGCGUGUACCUGCAGGCGUCCAUGAUCACGUCGGCGCUCUUCUCCGUGCUCGUCUCCCUCCUCUGGCUCUACUCGGAGCCGCUGCUGGUGUUCCUCCGGCAGGACCCGGAGGUCUCCCGGCUGGCCGCCGUGUUCCUCCGCUACUCCAUCCCGGCGCAGUUCGCCUACGGCCUCAUCCAGUGCACGCUCCGCUUCCUGCAGACGCAGUCCGUGGUGAUGCCGCUCGUGGCCUUCUCGCUCCUGCCGCUGGCCGUCCACGUCGGGAUCACCCACGCCUUCGUCAACUGCCUCGGGCUCGGCUUCGCCGGCGCCGCCAUGUCCACGUCCGUGUCGCUGUGGCUGUCGUUCCUGAUGCUCGCCGCGUACGUCAUGCUCUCGGACAUGUUCAAGGACACCUGGGGCGGCUUCACCGCCGAGGCCUUCCGGCAUGUCCUGCCCGGCAUGAAGCUCGCCAUCCCCUCUGCAGUCAUGGUCUGCUUCGAGCACUGGUCCUUCGAGAUACUGGUGCUGCUGGCCGGGCUGCUGCCACAAUCUCAGCUCAGCACCUCCAUCAUUGCAAUGUGCGAGAACACUGAAGCCAUAUCAUACAUGAUCACCUACGGGUUCGCAGCCGUCAUAAGCACGAGGGUGUCGAACGAGCUGGGAGCAAGGAACGUCGCCAAGGCCAAGAAGGCGCUCACCGUGUCCCUGGCGCUGUCCCUGGUGCUGGGGGCGGCGUUCCUCCUGCUCCUAGGCCUGGGCCACGAGGUCUGGGUGAGGCUCUUCAGCAACAGCGAGGCGGUGGUGAGCGCGUUCGCGUCCAUGGUGCCGCUGCUCAUCGGCUCGGUGGUGCUCGACUCCACGCAGGGGGUGCUGUCAGGUGUUGCCAGAGGCUGCGGGUGGCAGCACUUGGCGGCAUGGACCAACCUGGUGGCCUUCUACAUCAUAGGCAUGCCCCUGGCCGUCCUCUUUGGAUUCACGCUUGGCUUCCAAACAAAGGGGCUGUGGAUGGGCCAGAUUUGCGGCCUCCUCUUCCAGAACUGCGUCCUGCUGUUCAUCACCCUGCGAACCGACUGGGAGAAGUUGGACCUGACCAUGAUCGACAAGGAGAACGAUUUUGUCUGCUGAGGAUUGGGAAAGGCGUGCUGUAUUUUUGCUUGAGUUGUCGUUGCCCUGAACCUUGAGCGACAACUUCCAGGGACCGGCCAGAUUUGUCUGGUUUUGCUCACGAGCGAUCAUACUGUAACGCUACAGUUAGGGUAGUAGUAGUCAAAUAUAUAGUAGAAGCAACUUACCCUGAGGAUGCAUGGUUCUUCAUGAACCCUAGUUCGUUGUU